AUGGCUGAACAUGAAGACGCGAACCUCCCUCACAUUCAAUUGAACUCUGGCCAACAUGAUCCCUAUGUCGACGCACAAGAAACACUGCCGCCAACCCGCGUCUCCUCGAUUGGUCGAGCCUUGACCCCAGGACUUGCGCGAUCUCCCUCGGAAGCGACCUACCAUACCGUAUACGGGUCUCCCAACCCGGUAGCAGAGUCGUCGGAAUUUCUGCUACCACCUCGACCAUACCUAAUUCAGGAGGAACUUGAGCAACAACGUCGAUCACCGAGAGCUUCGUUAUUGUCGUCACGACGGGAUAGCUGGGGGUCGUUGGCAAGCCUUGAAGGGAGCAGGGCAUAUCCGUUUAGCCCAUAUGUGGAUUCACGACCUGUUUCGCGUGCGUUUAGUGAGGAUAGCGACAUCAACACGCAGACAGUUGCGGAAAAGUAUGAUAUCGUGCCUGUGGAGGGGAGAUUCCCCGGAGAUCCAGAGGACGACGAUGACAUCCACAACCCAGAUCCCAAUGAUCGAGAACGGAAUUGCGACAUAUGGAACCGGAGAGGCGUCUUGAAUGUUGGGGGCCUAAUAUUAAUAAGUGUUGGGUUUUUGGUGCUAUUUGUUGGGUAUCCUGUCAUUACCGCUGUCAUAGGAGUCACAAAAAAGCAUGAUCUCUGUGACCCAGGAGACACCCUGUGCCUGGAUGUUGGAAAACGUGAAUUGCUUUCGAACAUUCGAACCGGCCUCAUUGACCCAGAUACACCCAAAUCGGCCCUAACAAAGACAGCCGAGGAUGGUAAGGAAUGGAAGUUGGUGUUUUCGGACGAAUUUACGAAACCCGGGCGAACAUUCUACGAUGAAGAUGAUCCGUAUUAUCAGGCUGUGGAUAUUUGGUAUGGUGUGACACAGGAUCUUGAGUGGUACGACCCGGAUGCGGUUACUACAAAGGACGGAGUACUCGAGUUGCGAUUCGAUGCGUUCAAGAACCAUGACAUGGAUUAUCGUUCUGGAAUGCUUCAAAGCUGGAACAAGAUGUGCUUCACGGGUGGUCGCCUCGAAGCAAGUAUCUCCCUUCCAGGUUCUGGCGACGUAUCUGGAUUCUGGCCGGGUUUUUGGGCAAUGGGAAACCUUGGCCGGCCUGGCUAUGCUGCGACAACGGAUGGCAUGUGGCCGUACAGUUAUUACGAUGGGUGCGAUGCUGGAAUCACUCCCAACCAAAGCUCAACAGAUGGGAUAAAUUGGCUCCCUGGAAUGCGACUACCGGCUUGCACAUGCGACAGUGCAGAGCACCCAACGCCUGGAAAAUCUCGAUCAGCUCCUGAAAUCGAUGUUAUCGAGGCCAGCGUUCGUCCUCUAAACGGUAAUCCUAACGCGGUCAUCGGGUCCGUGUCUCAGAGUUUACAGAUGGCACCAUUUGAUAUUUGGUAUAUGCCUGAUUAUGAAUUUGCCGCAGUUUACGAUCCCACAAUCACUGAGAUUAACGAUUACCGAGGAGGAACUUACCAGCAAGCAAUGUCGGGGCUGACCAACUUGAACAAUGACUGGUACGAUGGAAAUGAAUACCAAGUGUAUGCAUUUGAGUAUUCUCCAGGGGGAGAUGGGAGUGUUACAUGGUUCGUUGGAGACGACAAAACAUGGACACUUGAUGGCAGGGCAAUUGGACCCAACGGAAAUGUUGGCCAGCGGGUGAUCCCCAUGGAACCGCUGUCCAUUGUCAUGAACCUGGGCAUGGCUACCAGCUUCGCACCAAUCAAUGAAUCCAUCGCGAACUUGAUGCCUGGUUUCAUGCGAUUUGACUACAUUCGGAUCUAUCAAGACCCAGACAACAUCAGCGUUACUUGUGAUCCCCCUGGUUAUGAGACAACCGACUACAUCGCCAAACAUGGAGAGGCCUAUAACAAUGUCAAUAAAACGACAUGGUAUGUCCAGCAUUCCGCUGGUUAUGACUGGCCGCAGAACUCGUUCAUGCAUCAGUGUCAAGGAUAA